AUGACAAUUACGACGAUUACGACUAUUACGACCACUACGAACAUUACAAACAUUACGACCACUACGACCAUUACGAUUAUUACGACAAGUGAGACCAUUGAGACCAUUACUUUUUUAUGUAGAAUUUUAAGACGACUACGACGAUACGACUAUUACAAUUACUACGACGACUACGACGAUCACGAAGAUACGACUAUUCCGACCAUUACGACCAUUACGAUCACUAUCACCACUACGACGAUUAAGACGAUUAAGACGAUUGAGACCAUUACUUCUUUAAGUUUAAGACGAAUACGUCGAUAUGACCAGUACGACCAGUACGACCAUUACGACUACUAUGACGGCUACGACGAUACGAAAAUACGACUAUUACAAUUAUUACGACCAUUACGACCACUACGAUUAUCACAACAAUUGAGACGAUUGAGACCAUUACUUCUUUGUAUUGUUCAUUAG